AUGAGCUUGCGCUGGCGCAAGAAGACCCACUGGCCGCCGUCGCCAUGUGUGGAAGACGAAGCUGUUUCCCUCUCCCGCGAAUUACACGGAUUGUCCCAAAUUGGAGAAAUGCCCGGACUCGAAGGUGUUUGCUCCCGCGGAACCGUCGACCAAUACCCAGUCCUUGUGGAUGUUUUCUCUUACUCUUCAUAUGAGGAGACGACCGUCAUCUAUGAGGACUUCAGCCGUGACAGCAGCUCCGAGGACAACGUAGGGCCGCCAACCCCGGUGGAUGAGAAACAGGGCCCGAUGCUCUACCUUGUCGGGGAUGACCAGGCAGUCUCGUUGUCCGCGCCACUUGCAAGUCGAGAGAAACCCCAGGACCCAUCCAAGAAACCAGCUGUUCAGAGGCAGGACUCUACGACGCGAGGCCGCCCCAGGGCGGAUACUAGAGCCCAGAGAGACAGCCCGCCUAAGAGGGAUACAGCCCAGAGUUCCCGGGAUGCCUCGAGAGCUUCGAACAUACGCACUCCUGCCGUCACACAAAGCAAGUCUACUCCAUCGUUGCCCAGGCGAUUUGGGAGUGUGAAACAUGGCCGCUCCGCCGACGCCCUUACCACUAAAUCCGGCUACCAGUCCGACUCGGCUACAGUCAAGUCCAAGACCAAGCCUGAACCUGUGAACAAACCUGCCGCGCCUCAAACGGACAAAAAGUCGCCCACUGGGCUCUCCGUGGCAGAAAGGCUGGAAGAGAAAAUCCGCCAGAGACAAGAACUUCGUGCCAAGGGAGGCUCAAGCGAUGUGCCGAAGACGCCUAGUCCCCCGUCUACUGAUCAACCCAGUGUCCCGGUUGAACUUCCCGCGGAGCCAUCCACGACCCCUGCUGUCACUGCAGCGCCCAAGAGCACCGCCCCAAAAACCCGUCCUAGGUCCACGUCCUCGUCGCUCCCACGGACUCCCGAGGAUAUUCCUGAGCCACCACCACUACCACGCCGACGGAGCUCCUCACAGGACGCUGUUCGCCAUCGAAGUUCAUCGCAGGAUGCUGUCCGUCAGACAUCGCCAAAACGGCCGUUUUUCCUCCCGCCCUGCCCCAGAUCGACUCCCAUCGCCGGAUACCAGGACUGGCACACGGUCAAGGGACUACCCCAUCUGAAUAUUUGCCCGUCAUGCAUGAAGCAAAUGCGCAAGUCGGAGUUCCGCGACCACUUCGUCCUAGCCAGUCCCCGAUCCCGUGGAGAGAAAAUCCGCUGCUCCAUGAGCGAGCCCUGGACCCGACUGGCAUGGAUGCAGACGCUCAAGAAGCAGCUAGACCACCUCGAACUGCUGCACCAAAUCACGCGGCCACCCCUCAGCAUCAAGCCGUGCCCGGGGCGCAUCAUCACCGAGCAGCACUGGUACCGGAUUGUGGACCCGGAAACGAACAUGUACCUCCCGCAGUUCAAUGUGUGCUCUGCAUGCGUGCGGAACCUACGGGUCCUGAUGCCGCAGCACCGGGACACCUUCAAACGGAGCUCCACCAAACAGGAACGAGCCUGCGACUUUCUGACAGACAGCCCGCGGUUUGUCCGGUACAUUGACUGCCUAGAUAUCGCGGCCAACCGCGCCGACCAGGAACAUAUGCUGCGCCCCGACGUGACCGAGUUCCUCUCGUACGCUCGACGCAAGGUAGUGCUGCGGGACUGUCGGCGGGACCGACGGAUCCUCAGCACGUGGCACUACAUGCCGCAACUGCCAGAGCUGACAGUGUGCGAGGACUGCUACGAUGACGUGGUGUGGCCGUUGGUCCGGGCCAAACACCCCAUUGCGCGCAAGUUCUCGACGUCAAUGCGACUGCUCCCCGGCGACGGACCGUCUCGGUGCCGCGAAGCAAGCUGUCAGCUGUACUCCCCGCGCAUGCGCGCCAAGUUCGCAGAGGCGGUACAGUCGAACGACCUGAUGUAUCUGAAGCAGGUGGCGCUGCGCCGGCGCGACGCCGAGCAACGCUACCGGGACCGCGAGGAGGAAUUGCUGGAAGAUGCGAGUCGAGGAUACGACGUGGAGGGAGAGAUGCGGCGCAACGUGGAGGAAUGGAAGCGAAACGAGUAGUUCGAUACCAUGUAUUUCUUUGUUCGUGUUUGUGUGUGUGUGUGUUUUUGUCAGGAACCCGCCUGUAUGUUAGUGUUGAUGAUACCUGUACACCUGAUAUCCAAUCCAGCCCAUUCAAUCAAUCAAUCAUCCUC